CGGGUUGGCAGCACAACCUAAAUGCCACCCACCCACCACCUUCUUGGUUCAACCCGCUUCAUAAUUAGUUGAUUCGCAAACGCGCGAAGGAGGUAGAUUUAAAAGCUUCAAAAGCAGGAGCGAGAGAGAGGGAUUUCGAAAUCAAAUGGAGGAAUCUCGGAUGUUGCGGCUUCGAAUUGUGGAGUUCAUCAUCUCUUCCUCUCUUCAACUGGGAGUUCCUCCAAUUGUCAAAUACACGGCCUUAUCAAUGUUCACUGAACGAUUCUACCCGUCUCUUAAAAGGAAGGCUAGGUUUAUACAGGAAAGUGACAUAGGAAACUGGCUUUUGAAACCCCUGAGAGAGAGCAAUUUGCAGCUCUUUGCACUAAUUUCUAUAUGGAUCUCAAGCAAGCUGCAUGAUUCUUGUCCUUUGUCCGUAAAAAGUUUGAAGUCUUUGGGAGAUGAAGUUAUUAAGGAACAGCAUUUCACAACACGAGAUUUUUUGGAAGCAGAAGUAAUCUUUAUGCAGGUGUUAGAUUUCGAGAUUGGCGCAUUGAAUAUCAGUUUCGUAUUCCUGGAAAAUCUUUUAGUUCAGUUCAGGGAACUUGCAAGGAUUGGGGAACUUGUAAGCUUUGAAGCAUGCAUGGAUAUCAUGGAUCUUCUAUAUGAAACAGAGGAGACAUCAACACUUUUCAACUCUCCUCGUUCACUUGCUGCAUCUGUCUUGGUUGCUUCAUAUGUUAUUACAGUUCCAAUGCAACAGUUGGAGUUUCCCCUUCUUCCUUGGGUGAAAUUUGUGACCUCAUACAAUGAAGAAGAUAUUCAAGAAAUAGUAAAAACUAUUCUUGAGCAUGUACUGAAGGAUGGUUCAGUGAAGUUGACUAUUAUUAGAUCAAAAGACUUGAUUGUGUGUUAAGAAACUAUAGUAACAUCUUCAUGCUAUUACUUGUUUGAUCUAGCAGGAGGCACAAUAGCCACUUGAUUUUAAAUGGUGGGUGAUCGAUUGGAAAUCAAGUUUUCAUUCAAUGAUACUCAAGGCUGUGAAGUGUGAACCAAGAAACCCAAGUGAUAGACUGGCUUUAACUUCUUCAGUGCCUUAGGGGCAAUGCAGAAUGGCAAAAAAGAAGGAAAGAACUAGUUUCAAUGAAUAUGCAUGAACUCUGGUA